AUGCCCACAAAUCUUGUACUACAUUAUCCUAACCUCAUUUAUGAACGUCGGCUUCAUCCACACAGUCAGCUACAGGUCGAAAACGGUCAAUCAACAGGCUUUUGUUGUUCUGGUCUUAGUUGCAGACUCAAACCCAUCCACUCUUCGAAGUAUUACAAUCCUCGCCAUCAACCCAACAAGCCUUUAAUCGGUAUCAAGUGCCCAUUCCAAGGUGGCUCCAUUCGCACAUAUAAUCGCUUAAAUUUCAUUCAGGACAUUCGCACAUUGAAUCACGCAACUCACCCUUCAUCCGACAAACCAGCCAACAAUCAAGAACAACAUUCCAGUCCUUCAGUUCAGCGUCACAAGAGAAUAAACCAUCACCACAAUAAUAAAUCGAUGCCUGACAAUAAACGAGCGCGAUUGCCAUGUGCGGGAAUAGACGGGGUAGUUACUCACAAAGGAAAAUCCAAGCACAGCAAUCGCCAAUGCCAAUGGCAAGCGUGUACUGAUUGCUGCCAAUCUCAGCGAGAUGCAACUGGAUCAAAGUGCCACACACACAAAAGCGGGGAGCGUGCAAAGAACGUCAUACCAAACACCCAACCUUUCCUUAAUACCGUCAUUGAAACCGCAGAAACUAGCAACAUUGGACUUACGCCCGCGACAAACAACCAUGACAGCAAUUCCAGCUCACAAAUUAACGAUGCGAACUUACUUGGGCCGGCCCCACCGCUGCAUCCUUUGGUUCUAUCACCUUCUACUAUGCGCAUGUACCACCUCAACCGAUCAAAUGAAGAGGAAGCAAAGCGAGCAGUAGAGGAGGCCGACGCAAGAUGCGACAAAAACAUCUCUAUAUCGUUAUGGUUGAAGUCUUACAAGCGUUUAUUGCAGGCGGAAGACGAUCCAAUCCCCUUCAUGUUUGCAUCCAAAUCCAUGAAGCAAUUUGCGAUAUCCAAGUGUGAAGCAUUGAUGAUUUUUCUUAAAACAUACGAUCCUCAUUGGAACAAGUUACUGCGUGUGUACGACGCCAGAUCAGACAGAUGGAAUUUCACCUUGGUCGAAACAUCAAUACCUAUGUUGAACCCGCUUCGCGAAGCGUUGGUCUGCUUGUCCACAGUGGACCCGAAGUUGUGCCAAGGUCUGCCACCACUUCAAGCCAGGCUCAGCCCAGCAGUUAGGUCGAACAUCCGAGCCACAGUUGAUUCACUCCGAGCGACACCCAUCCAGACGCCCAACAACAAUCGAAUUUACACCAUUCAAUCAAGUUCCGGCUCAGCAACAAGCUCCUCCAGCUCCUACGGGAGCAACAAUUCGCCAAUGCCCGUUGCUUCCAAACACCGCAAAACCCCUCCAAAUGCAGAUGAACCAACACCUUUGCUUUCGAUCACAAUCCACCAUGGUGCCAACACAGUCGAAGAACCUGAGAUCGAGGUCGUUGCAGUCAGAGGACCAAAAUUCUCUUGCAACAUAUUCAAUGAACCACCAAGCCCUACACCUAUACCUCCAGUAUCGAAAAUCAUCUCACCUUCCACCGGCGAUGUAGUAGCUGCAAAUGAGGACAUUUCGUUCAGCAGUUCACCCCCUUCCAUCAGUGAGCAUCCUGCUCUUCGUGACAGUGCACCAGCGGCCAGCAAUCAACCACAUAUUCCCACGGCGGAGGCGGUCACCUCGGCUCCUGGCCCAGUCACAAAAAGGCGGACGGAAACCACCGUGGCCAUCCAGCGACAUUCCCAUGCAAACUAUGCUGCAAUGGUAUUCAAAACACAAGGCCACGCCAGAGAGGUCACCCCAGAGAAAUGGGAAGAAUUUUUGAAGCAUUGUGACCGUCACAAUGUUGCCGCCACGUUUGGCACAGCCAAAUCUCCAAUUUGGUUUGCUAAACAAUUAGGGGAAGCACGAUGA